CGAUAACAAGCAUUCAUUGAAAGUUUCCACUCAUCACUUGCGAAAACGGGUGAAAAUUAAGGAAAAUUGCGGAUAAUUUCAAGUCGACUUGAAAUAGUUUUAAAGCACACUACGCACUGUGAAGGCAACUAUAUAAAUACAUAUAUUGAAGAUAGGACACAGGAAAAGGAAAAGACAGCAAAAUGACGUGGGAACCACAGGCAGAAGGUCUCCAACAGAUCAUUGCGAUUUUAAAGGAGUCUCAGUCACCAGACACAGCUACUCAAAUGGCUGUGCAAAUGAAACUGGAGGAAUUUAAUCGAUACCCAGACUUCAACAACUAUUUGAUCUACGUGCUGACUAAACUGAAAACAGAAGACGAGCCCACACGUUCAUUAAGCGGUCUCAUAUUAAAAAAUAACAUACGUAUGCAUGGUAGCAGUUUGCAACCGGAGAUUGUUGAAUAUAUAAAGCACGAGUGUCUACAGGCGUUAGGCGAUGCCUCUCCUUUGAUCCGAGCAACUGUGGGCAUAUUAAUCACAACUAUUGCCAGCAAUGGCGGCCUUCACAAUUGGCCACAAUUAUUACCAUCGUUGUGUGACAUGCUUGAUGCCCAGGACUUUAAUGUCUGUGAGGGUGCGUUUAGUGCAUUGCAAAAAAUCUGCGAGGAUUCGGCCGAAAUCCUCGAUUCAGCGGCACUUAACAGACCGUUGAACGUGAUGAUACCUAAAUUCUUGCAAUACUUUAAGCACAGCAGCCCCAAAAUCCGCUCCCAUGCCAUCGCCUGCAUCAAUCAGUUCAUUAUUAAUCGCUCACAGGCGUUGAUGCUUCACAUAGAUACGUUCAUUGAGAAUUUAUUUAACUUGUCAUCUGACGAAGAUCACGAGGUGCGCAAAAAUGUUUGCCAUGGCUUGGUCAUGUUGCUCGAGGUGCGAAUGGACAGACUUAUGCCGCAUAUGUCGCAAAUCAUUGAGUAUAUGCUGCUACGAACACAGGAUUCAGACGAAGGCGUUGCGCUGGAGGCCUCUGAGUUUUGGCUUUCGUUGGCGGAACAAAGCAUUUGCAAAGAUGUGCUUGCGCCAUAUUUGCCCCAAUUAGCGCCUGUGUUGGUGCGCGGCAUGAGAUAUUCCGAGAUUGAUAUAAUACUCUUGAAGGGAAAUGUGGAGGAGGACGAUAUGGUGCCAGAUCGCGAGGAGGACAUACGUCCACGUUUUCACAAAUCGCGCACACAUACUGUGAAGUCGGGCGACACCAGCCAAGCGGCCGGCGAUGACGAGGAUGAGGAUUUCGAUGAUGGUCUGGACGAUGAUAGUUCGCUAUCUGAAUGGAAUUUACGCAAAUGUAGUGCUGCCGCUUUGGAUGUGUUGGCUAAUGUAUUCCAUGAGGAUUGCUUGCCAAUUGUGUUGCCUAUAUUGAAGGACACGCUGUUCCAUCAAGAAUGGGUGAUUAAGGAGAGUGGUGUACUUGCGUUAGGUGCCAUUGCCGAGGGCUGCAUGCAGGGCAUGAUUCAACAUUUGCCGGAAUUGAUACCAUAUUUGAUUAGUUGCCUAUCGGACAAAAAAGCGCUGGUACGCUCGAUCACUUGUUGGACGCUUUCUCGCUACGCCAAUUGGGUGGUCAAUCAGCCGCAUGAUCAAUACUUGAAGCCACUGAUGGAGGAGAUGCUGAAACGCAUUCUGGACUCGAAUAAGCGAGUGCAGGAGGCUGCCUGCUCCUCAUUUGCAACGCUCGAAGAAGAAGCUUGUACCGAGCUGGUACCAUACUUGGAGUACAUAUUAAAGACACUGGUGUUUGCCUUCUCGAAGUAUCAGCAUAAGAAUCUAUUGAUUUUGUACGAUGCUGUGGGCACGCUUGCUGAUUCUGUGGGCCAUCAUUUAAACAAGCCGCAGUACAUUGACAUUUUGAUGCCACCGCUUAUUGAUAAAUGGAACUUGCUUAAAGACGAUGACAAAGAUUUGUUCCCUCUAUUGGAAUGUCUGUCUAGCAUUGCCACUGCCCUGCAGUCGGGCUUUCUUCCCUAUUGUGACCCAGUCUAUAGAAGAUGUAUAUCGUUAAUAGAGCAAACAAUUAAUCAGGAAAUGUUGUGCAAACAAAACCAGACGUUCGAGCACCCGGACAAGGAGCGCAUGAUUGUCGCAUUAGACUUGCUGUCUGGUUUAGCUGAGGGCUUGGAUCGCCAUAUCGAAACCUUGGUGGCAAACAGCAACAUCAUGCAUUUGCUCUAUCAGUGCAUGCAGGAUGUGCAGACCGAGGUGCGCCAAUCUUCCUUUGCGCUGCUUGGAGACCUGACCAAGGCUUGCUUCCCACAUGUGCAUCCCUUUAUGGGCGAAUUCUUUCCCAUACUAGGUCAGAACUUGAAUCCAGAUAUAAUUUCGGUUUGCAAUAAUGCCACAUGGGCCAUUGGUGAAAUCUGUAUGAAAUUGGGUGAGGAAACUAAGCAGUAUAUACAUCUGGUACUUAACGACCUGUUUAUCAUCAUUAAUCGGCCCAAUACACCAAAAACCCUUUUGGAGAACACAGCAAUAACAAUCGGUCGUCUAGGUUAUGUGUGCCCAGUUGAAGUGGCUCCUUAUUUGCCCGAUUUUGUACGACAGUGGUGCACAUCGUUGCGUCACAUACGAGACAAUGACGAGAAAGACUCCGCUUUUCGUGGCAUGUGCCACAUGAUAACUGUAAAUCCGGCUGGCGUGGUGCCCGACUUUAUAUUCUUCUGCGAUGCGAUUGCCUCAUGGGUGAACCCCCCACAAGACCUGCAUCAGAUGAUACAGAAGAUUCUCCAUGGCUUCAAAACGCAAGUGGGUGAGGAGAAUUGGCGCCGAUUUGUUGAACAAUUUCCGCCGAAUUUAGCUGAACGAUUGGUUGCUAUGUACAACAUUUAGAGCAUACAGAGCACAGCAAUCAAAAUACCAGAUCAGCCACUAUUAAAUCACUUUACUUAACCAGACAAUUACAAAUAUGCAAGUAAGCGUAUCUUCAUUAACUUAAGUAGAAACGCAGAGAUGUUUAAAUAAUGAGGUUCGAUUGAAUUCGAAUGAUACGAUCAUAUUUGAAUUUAAGCUUCUAAAGUAAACAAAAAAUGUCGGUAAUAAUAUAAUGAACAAACCCUUACUCCCAAACUCUCACACACAACACAUACCCAUACACACACGCACAUAAAAAUAUCUAUAAACUACUCUCCAUUACAUAAAUAUCGAUAAACGAUGACCAGAUACAAAGUUAUAUAUUCGUUCAUAUUAAAGGGAAAGCAAGAUAAUGGAUUUACUAGAUUCGUGGCUUUGAUUUUGUAAUAGGGCCAUUUGUCCAAUACUUGUCUGACUGCUUCCAACUAUAUAGAUACACACAUAUGUAUUUAUCAGAAAAUAUAGACAGGCACUUGUAGGUAGGUGUAUAGGGUCUUACGCUCUAUAUGUUGAAUAUAUAAAAUCUUAUGUCUUUUUCUUUGUGUAUGCAGAAAGUAUUUCUUGUAGUUGAGCUCAUCUAACCCUAACGGCAAUAAAUUCAAAUCUGUGUGUUCCGGCCGUACUUAACCGGGUUCUUAGUGCUACCUUACUAACAAAAAAAAAAAAGAAAAAAAAAACAGUAACUAUCAAUAUACUUAGUCUCAUACACGCAUAAAGGGUUUUAUAAAUCAAAUGUCUAUGUCUAAUCGUAUUCCAACCAGCUACCAACCGAUUCAGUUGAACUUGUUGAAUUAGCAGUGCUUAUUAAAUAGGAUACAUACAGACCUAGUUGAAUAAAAAACAAAUCAAACCAUUUUUCAUUAUGCAUGCUGUAAAGUUAGAAUCAUUGUAAACAUUAAAAAGGAGAAAACGUUAUGAAAAAUCGCCAAACAAAAUGAUAUUGCGGUUCGUGUCGCGUAUAAUUAAUUAUAAUAAAAUAUGAAAAAAAGGGAAAUCAACGAUUUAAAAAGAAAGCAUUGGGCUACUUGUGAAAUAAAUCAAAUCAAAAUGAAAUCAAUCUCUAAAGAAUUUUAUCAAAAAGUUACAAAUAUAUAUCUAUAAAGACUGAUGUAAAACAAAAACUCCGUUCAAAUCCAUAGACAUGCAUAGAUAUUAUUUACUUUUGGUUGUUUUUUGUGACUACAAAUUGAAUUAUCUAUAUCUUUUCACAAAUAACCCAAUAACUUUCUUAUAUAACUGUCGUCGUUGUCGUCGUCGCGUUUCGGGUUCCUACGGUCUCGCGUUCGCGUUUAAUCGUCGCUCGUUCGUUCGUUCGCUCGCGUCGGAUAUAAAAUCUAAUAAAUGAAAAAACAAAUAAUAUUUAAAUAAUAAAAAUAAGUCCAACUGUUACUGAUACAAAUUUACUUAUAUACGAUAUGAUAUUCAUAUGCGCUAUACAAAUUAGAUGAGUUUAUUUUUUCGUUUUUAAAUUACAAAAAGAAAAACAACUAUUUGAGAUUAGAAUUCCGUUGGUUAUGAAUAUGAUGAUCUUUAAUUUUGUGCGAUCCUUAAAGACCAAUGGCUGAUCACUUUUUAAAGUAUUAUUGUAUAAUUUGUAUAGGAACACAUGUUAUUCAUUUUAAAACUUUGCUAUUAUUUGUAUAGGAUGGUUUUUGCGUAAUACAUAAUAAUUUAUGAUGAUUGUACAGAAAUAAAUUUAACAAUUAGGUAUAAAGUUUACUACUAAAUGGGAAACAAAAGUCUUUGAAAUCGUCGCGGAACAAACAACCACUCACUCAAAACUAUAAGUACAUAUGUAUGUAUAUGUAAAAUCUAAGUAAUAGUAUUAAUUAUGCAAACUGUGUUUUUGUUUGUCUUUCAUUUUUUCCGAAAUGGGGGAACGUGUGAUAAUAAAGUAACUUCGGGUUCGUUCGUUCGCGUCGCGUUAUACUAAAAACUAACAAAUGAAGGGAUUCUCGCCCCCAGGUCCCAUAUAAUAACAAUUAUAAACUAAAUAUAAUCAAAUGAAAUUAAAUUAAAAAAAUUGAUUAAAAUAUAAAUCGUGAUUUCGUUGUACCUUAAACUGAAUUCAUCGCGGAAUUCGGUCGCGUUCGCGUGCGUUUGUAUCUCUCUCGGGUGAUCUUAGUGAUUAACGUUUAAGCAGUAAAGAAGCAACAAAUAACUAAAAGGUGUGUUUAAACACUCAUACCCACACACACAUAUAUAUAUUUCUAGUUUACGAGAAUAGGUUUUUGUUUUAUGAUCGUUUAUAAUCUUCAUAACAAACAUUGUAAGAUUAAAAGUGUUAGGCCAAGAUUAGGAAAAAGAAUUAAUAAAGUUAUAGGAAGGAAGGAAGACAGAUCAAGAUUAUUUAAAUAUAAAUAUAAAACAAAAAUACACAUAUAUUUUUUUUAAACACUAGUGUUGAUGUAAUUAAAAGCAGAACAUUACUUUUUACUAACGAACUGUUUUUGUGUACACCAUUAAAAUUGAUUUAUUUUUUUGAAAAAGUAAUGAAGUAUAAAAAUUAUGUAUUGUACUUGUAUAUUUUGGCAUUCAUUUUUAGUGAGAGUACGCCAAUGUCUGCAUACACACAUACAAAUACAACAUUUAUUGGAACUAACAAACAAACAAACAAACAAACACACACACACACACAUAAAUACACACAAACAUACAUAAGCCACGUAGACAAACUCUUGUAGAUGCUUAGCACAUCAUAAGAGAACUCCUAUAAUCGAUUUCAAUUUAAAUUCGCCACAAAGUCAGCUAAUAUACAAAAUGUUACUUUAUCUUCUGCGAAUAUCUGUUUAAAUUGAAUUUAUGCAUAACCUAACUUACCUAUAGUAUAUUCAUAUACACAGAAGCAUGUAAUUAAAUACGAUAGAUCCAAGCAAAUCCUAUAUACAUACAUACAUAUAUAUAUAUAUAAACAAAAAUUUGAGCGCAUGCAUAUGGGUCUAGUGUCGGAAAUAAUUCCAGCUUAAAGUUGGAUGCACUUUAGAGAGGUUCUUAAUGAACUUUCAAGCAUAUGCCAGCGCUUUUAACUUUCGUCUAUAGAAGAUAUUUGUGUAAACUAAAUGGAAAGUUAAUAAAAUAAAUAGAAAUAAAUGUGUAUAACAAAUUA